GCUGUAUAAAUAAUCCAAUUCAAGAUGGCGGACAGUGACAAGAAUGGGACCAGCCGCUCCAGUACCAGCAGCAGCAGCAGUCGCCUACAGAGCAAGAAGCCCCCAAACCUGUCCAUCACAAUUCCACCCGUGGAAGCAGCCGAGGAUGCGAACAGCCAAACAGUGCCUCUGAAGAAAAACCCGGUUUAUCAGAAGAGUGUGAGCCUCCAAGAGUCUGGGAUGAAAAGGCAGGACAGCAACUUUGAAAGACAUCCUGGCUUGCACAGGCAAACUUCACUGUCCCACAGUAUUCGCAAGGGGGCAGCUCAGUGGUUUGGAGUCAGCAGUGACUGUGACGGAAAGCGGCAGCAUUGGCAGCGCAAAAGCCUGCAGCACUGCAGCCUGCGGUAUGGGAAGCUCAAACCUGCCUACCGAGAAAUGGAGCUGCCCAGCCAGGAAGUGCCUUCCUUCCAAGGCACAGAGUCUCCAAAGCCACAGAAAAUGCCCAAGAUUGUUGAUCCCCUGGCCCGAGGACGUCCCUUCCGGCACCCAGAUGAGGUGGAUCGCCCACGCACUCCACACCCUGCCCUGGCCCCAGUGACCCCGGGCGUCAUGUCCUUGACAUCGUUUGGCAGCGUACGGUCCGGCUACGCCCGCCUUCCCCGCAGGAAGAGGGAAUCUGUGGCCCAUAUGAGUUUCAAGGCAGCUGCAGCUAUAAUCAGAGGACGUUCGGUUCUGGAGCCCUCGGCACCGAAGCGGAGGUGCAACAAGCAGAGCUUUAUGUAUCCCAGCUUCAUGGAUGAGGACGUGGUAGAUGGCAUGGAUACGUUUGACUCUUCGUUCUUCAGUAAGGUUGACGCUCAUGAUGAGAUGUGCUCCAUGCCAGAUGAUGUGUUUGAGUCCCCACCCCUCUCUGCCACUUACUUCCGAGGGCUUCCUCAGCCAGAGGAUGGCAAGUCACCUGAAGCUGAGCAGCCAUUUCAGCGGGCCGGACCUUCUCGGGGUCUGCCAGCAGCGGCGGCUGGUCCAAAACGUGGCAAGCGGAUUGCUUCCCGGGUGAAACACUUUGCCUUCGACCGCAAGAAGCGAUACUAUGGGCUGGGAGUGGUGGGCAAGUGGCUGAACAGGACGUACCGGCGGAGCAUCAGCAGCAUGGUGCGCUCCCAGCUGGAGCUCACGGACAGCCACAGACCCUACUUCACCUACUGGAUCACCUUUGUCCAUAUCAUCAUCACCCUUCUGAUCAUUUGCACCUAUGGGAUUGCUCCCAUUGGCUUUGCCCAGCAUCUGACAACAGCAUUGGUGCUGCGAAACAAAGGCGUCUAUGAGAGUGUGAAGUACAUGCAGCAAGAGAACUUCUGGAUUGGCCCAAGCUCGAUUGACUUGAUCCACCUGGGAGCCAAGUACUCUCCCUGCAUGAGGAAGGACCAACAGAUUGAGAAGUUGAUCCAGAAAGAGAGGGAUCAAGAACGCGAGUCAGGUUGCUGCGUCCAGAAUGACAACUCUGGUUGUGUUCAGACUCUGCAGGUGGACUGCUCAGAAACACUGGCUACUUUUGUAAAGUGGCCGGAUUAUAAUUCACCAGCUUUUGACCUCAACAAUUCCAGUCGGAAGAGGAUUUCAGGAGCUGUGUGCGCUCAGGAUCCCAGGACUUGUGAGGAACCGGCUUCUAAUCUGCCACACAUCUGGCCCGAUGACAUCACCAAGUGGCCGAUAUGUACUGAUCAGGCCAAAAGUAACCACACUGGGUUGUUACAUAUGGACUGUGACAUUAAAGGAAGGCCAUGCUGUCUUGGAACCAAAGGCAGUUGUCAGAUCACUACUCGAGAGUACUGCGAAUUCAUGCAUGGCUACUUUCAUGAAGAAGCAACUCUCUGUUCACAGGUACACUGCAUGGAUGAGGUGUGCGGCCUCUUGCCGUUUCGGAACCCAGAGAGUCCUGAUCAGAUUUAUAGACUCUGGUUGUCUUUAUUUCUACAUGCAGGGGUUAUCCACUGCCUGGUAUCGGUGAUCUUUCAGAUGACAGUCCUCAGGGAUUUGGAGAAGCUGGCAGGCUGGCAUAGAAUCUCCAUCAUUUUCAUCCUCAGUGGCAUCACGGGCAAUCUGGCGAGUGCCAUCUUCCUUCCGUACAGAGCGGAGGUGGGCCCUGCAGGAUCCCAGUUCGGCUUGUUAGCCUGCCUUUUUGUGGAGCUUUUCCAGAGCUGGCAGGUCCUCGAGAAGCCCAUGAAGGCUUUCCUGAACCUUUCUGGGAUUGUCCUCUUCCUCUUCCUCUGCGGCCUCCUGCCAUGGAUUGACAACAUUGCACACAUCUUUGGCUUCCUCAGCGGCCUGCUGCUCUCUUUCGCCUUCCUGCCCUACAUCACCUUUGGCACGAUGGACAAGUACCGCAAGAGAGUCAUGAUCAUCGUCUCGAUGCUGGUCUUUGUCGGGCUCUUCGCAUCUCUGGUGAUCUGGCUCUAUGUGUACCCUAUUAACUGGCACUGGAUUGAGCACCUCACCUGCCUUCCUUUCACCGACAGGUUCUGCGAGAAGUAUGAUCUGAACCAGGUCUUGCAUUGAUGGAGCUGGGAGGCUGUGGAAUGGGGCUUGCAGGAGAGGAUUUUAAACUUGGGAUACCUGUCGGAUGUUGAGCAGCAGUGGAAUAGACAGAGGCAACACUAGCAGUAAAAAAAAAAGGCAAAACAUUUGCACUUCUCCAGCAUUCCCUGUACCACUUGUGAAACAUUCACGUUCCAAGUGCUGAAGCAGAACACCUGUUACCUUUUGCAAAACUCCUAAAUGCAAGGGAUAAAGUCAUAAGCCAACCUGUCUCUUGUAUGUUCCUCUGUGACAGUUCUGGGCACCAAGCAGCCAUCAUUGAGAGGUAUAGAUUUGAAGCAACAUCACCCUGCUGGUGUCUCAAUUGGGUCAGAGUCUCUUACGAGAGGCGUCUCCACUACAGUGCCUGCAGCGGAUGGCAAUCUUUGCUGAAGUUCUGAUGUUGCGAUAACCACCAACCAUUUGGAAUGUAGUAGAGAAUCUACAAGCUCUGCCUCUUAGGCCAAGUUCUUUUCGAUGAGCGGCCAAAGCAGCCAAUGCCAUCCUUCAUCCAUAGGACUGACUAGGUCCUUCGUGGGAUGGAGGCCUGAGAGGCAGUCACUUCAAAAGAGCACUUUAGUGAUGAGGCAACAUCCUGUUGAACUGCUCGUAUUUACCGUCUGCCUGUAUCUAUGGUUUCCUACUUGAAGUUCCUCCUUUUAUGCAACUCCUGGUUUUGGGGGCCCCUUUCCUAAUGCCUUAUGGCACAAGAUGGUGCUUGGACUUUGUGGCAAUCUUCCCUGCCUUAGUGCCUUUUUGUGGUACUGUGAAUUGUACUGUGAAAACAAACAACCUGGUCUUUUUUGCCCAAGGGAUAUUUUAUAUGCAUUUCUCUUCUCCCCUGCCCCUUCUUUACAUUUGCGAUCUCGGCUACCAAACACUUUCUGGCAAGUAGCAUUGAUGCUUUUAAAGAAACCUUGUGCCAUCUGGAAGAAGUGCCUAGUACCUCCUCCAGUAUUUAUACAGAGUGAAUUUAAAUUUCUGUAGCAAACUUGAAGGAUAACUUCACUCUGAUAAAGAGGCCAGGCUCACGCUGUAGGGACAGAUGAGAUUGUUGUGUGGAGGGUGGAGGAAGAUAUUUUUGGUCUAAAUAAAUUAAAUUUAAAUUUAUCGAAAGCAAAUGUGUGUGUUUUUAAAAAAUGUGAUUUAUUUAGUGCCUUGUGUAAACCUUUUAGCCAGGGAUGGAAAUAGCUUGUCUUGUAAGUGGCCCCAUGUAAUAGACGUUGGUAAAUCUACAAAAUGUUGUUGCUCCAGUGACUGACUUUAUUUUUAGAACGCGUUUACAAAGAAAAAAUGUAUUAAAGAAACCCCAAACCCUCCCUUUUA